GCGCCUCUGUGCCGAGCCCAUGGCAGUUGCAGAACCUGUGAGUGUGUGCAGCCCCUGUGAUACUGUGGGGACCUUGUGGUUGUUUGCAAGCCCUUAUGAGCAUUCUGCCAGUGUGUUCAAACUCUGAAGCUAUUUUUCCCUUAUGACACAGGUGAUGCCUCCGCAGAAAAUCACGGCCCUUUCGUUUGCCAGCAGCUUAGCUGCUUUGAACAACUCUGACACGCGCAUGGCAGGCUGCUUCCUCACUGGCAUCCCUGGGCUGGAGCACCUGCACGUUUGGCUCUCCAUCCCCUUCUGUGCCAUGUACGUAGCUGCCCUCGCAGGCAAUGGCACCCUAAUUUGUGUCAUCCUCUCCCAGCCAAGCCUGCAUGAACCCAUGUACAUAUUCCUGUCCAUGCUGGCUGGCGCUGAUGUCCUGCUCUCCACCUCCACCAUGCCCAAGGCUCUGGCCAACUUCUGGCUCGGCUCUAGCCAUAUUUCGUUUGACGGCUGCCUCACUCAGAUGUUCUUUAUCCACUUCCUCUUUGUAGCAGACUCUGCUGUCCUGCUGGCCAUGGCCUUUGACCGCUAUGUGGCCAUCUGCUGUCCUCUGCGAUAUGCCACAAUCCUUACGAGCACAGCCAUUGGGAAGAUUGUUGCUGCCACCCUGACCCGCAGCUUCAUCAUCAUGUUCCCAUCCAUCUUUCUCCUCAAGCACCUUCACUACUGCCGAAUCAACAUCAUUGCACAUACCUUUUGUGAGCACAUGGGCAUCGCCCAUCUGUCUUGUUCUGGUAUCUCCAUCAAUGUCUGGUAUGGAUUGGCAGCUGCUCUUCUCUCUACAGGACUGGACAUCAUCCUUAUCUCAGUCUCCUACAUCCACAUUCUCCAAGCUGUCUUCUGCCUCCCUUCUCGAGAUGCCCGGUCCAAGGCCCUGAGCACUUGUGGCUCCCAUGUCUGUGUCAUCCUGCUCUUCUACAUCCCUGCCCUCUUUUCUGUCUUUGCCUACAGGUUUGGUGGGAGACACAUUCCACGUUAUGUCCAUAUUCUCCUGGCCAACCUCUAUGUGAUCAUCCCACCCACACUCAAUCCCAUUAUUUAUGGAGUGAGGACCAAGCAGAUUUUGGAAGGGGCUAAACAGAUGUUCUCAAAUUUUACCAAGGAAUCUAGAUAAACACUCCCAACUUAAUCCCUUUCUAUACUUAACAAUGGUUCUGUAGUCACCCCCUCCUCAUGUGUACAUCUUCCAGUUCUUCUGAUGUUAUUCUCAUCCAUGUCACAAAUUAUUUAAAUACAUCCUCUACUUAAACCCCCUCUUGGGGAGAAAACAAAACAAAACAAUAGCUUCUGAUUUUUUCCCUUAUGACAAUACCACCCCACUCUCUUUCACAUAUUAGUCUAAUGGCUUCUGAUUUCCUUACCACCUCAAGAAAAACUAAUUAGGGAAAAUGUGAUAACUUACCCCAACCCUGCCAUCUAAAUAGGGCUUUCUCUCAGGAUCCAGUGUUUCUCAAACUUUGCUGCCCAUUAGGCUCACCAGGGGAGCUUAAAAAAAUCUC